AUGCCUAGUGAAAAACCACCUGCAGGUCACGAGGGAGCAGGAGCAGGCAGACUUUUCACAUUAAAGACCAGUAUCAUUUUUAAACGAAUUAAAAAUCAUCUAAAUAAGCUGAAAAGCAUAGACAAAAAUCAACAAUUGGAGUCUGGAGAAAUGUCACAUCAUGAAGUAUUGGCAGCAUUGGCAAAGGAUAAAAAAGAUGACGAUAAUCAAGAUCAAGAAGCAAAUAUAUUGUUAAGUCAAUCAGAUAAAGAUUCUUUGGAAAUAAUUUAUAAUUUUUUAAAAAAUUAA